AUGGCAACUUACGCCAAAUCCUCCUUUGACAGCGCCAUCUAUGCGACUUUCAGGCCGACUUACCCCAGGUCCUUGUUUGACUUUGUAUUCCGGUAUCACGAGCGCAACAAUAGUGCAAGAUGGAAUAGAGCAGUGGAUCUUGGUUGUGGGACGGGUCAAGCAACAGUCGAGCUCACACCUUUCAAGCGCGUCACUGGCAUCGACGCGAGUUCUAAUAUGAUCAAAGUUGCUCAAGGUACCCUCAAGAAUACGCCAACGAGAACUGGUCAAUAUGAGUACAUACAGGCGAGCGCUGAGAAUCUAACAUUUUUGGAGGAUAGCAGUGUGGAUUUAGUCAUUUCCGCCCAGGCAUGCCAUUGGUUCGAUUGGGACAAAAUAUGGCCUGAGGUUGCAAGAGUGCUGAGGAAGAAUGGAAGUGCUGUGUUCUGGGGUUACUCCCAGUUCCGCUUCGCCCGCUAUCCGUCACUCACGCAGAGAAUUAACGCUUAUGUCGAAGGCACUGACCCACUGAACAGUGUCGGCCAAUACUGGGAGCAACCCGGUCGUUCGAUUUUAGAUAACCACUUGAUUGAGGUACCAGAUGCCAAUGAAAUUGUACCUGGCGCGUUCAGCGAUUUCGAGAGAGUUUUCUUCACAGGCGACUACCACCCAUCUCUCCCUUCCCCACGCUCCGUGAUCAUGCGUAAGAAGAUGACGUGGGAUGACCUGCUAUCGUAUUUGAAUACGUGGAGUGCAUUGCACACAUUCCGCCAGCACAAUCCCAGUGAUGGAGAGAACCCGCAUGGAGAUGUCGCAGUGCGGUUCUGGAAAGAUCUUAAGGAGGGUGCCGAGCGGGAGGAUGGGAGAGCCGUGGAAGGACACGAUGAAGUAGAUAUUGAAUGGCCGGUGGCGGUGGUAAUGGCUAAGAGAGCGUGA